UCAGGAACCUUUACCUCACAAUCAAGAGGCAAGCACAAAGAAGUCAAGAAACAGCGCUUGAGCGCGUGAAUCAAAUUAUGGAAAAAUGUGAUGUAGGAACAUACACGAUUUCUGGCCCUUUAAGAAAUUUAUCCAUAAGGGUCAAAUUGUUCCAUCAACAAUCAAAGGCUGGAGAACAAGAAGUUGACGAAGAGCAUGUUUUUCGCUGGCAAGAAAAGAUUUUCAGUCCAAGAGAAAGAGUUCUGUACGGAGAUGCUAAGAACUGCACUACAGAAACGCAUAUGCUUUACAACAAAGAAAUAAACGCUCUUAGAUCAGGAUUCCCAACAAGGAGGUUGUUUACUUACGUUCACAAAGAUGAAGUAGUAAUGGACAAAGAUAUAUUUGUUAAUGGUAUUGGCAGUAUUUCUUAUCCUGAGAAACGAAGAUCUGAAGUUCAAAUGAAACCAGAGGACUUGUUGAAUCAUUUACCAUCCUAUGAAUUACUGUUGGAAUCUCCUCCCGAUCAUCUACGAAAUUUCAGUCAUCUCCCUAAUACAAUAGCACAGGAAAUGUAUAUUAUGGCUGAUCUAAGUGAAUGUUUAGCAGAUAACACAACGGAUCUACCACCAAAUUACUUAGGUGAUGAAGUGAUUCUCUGCAAAAUUACAGUUGAUUCUACUGGAAUUCUACGUUGCCGGCCAGACUUCACUCAUGGAAAUGAUAAACACAAUAUUAAGCUCAAACAAAAAGGAUCGUAUUAUUUUACAUUGGAAAAUGUUUCACAACAAAUGUCAAAAUUGGAUAAACAGAAAAUGGAACAGUUAGAAAGAGAGAUAGCCUUGAGAAAAUUCUCCCAGUUAUGUGCAAUAAUCGGGAAACAGUUUGAAAUGCCUGUAGAACAAAGUUUCAGACUAUUUAUCACCGGAGAAAUACUUUGCGCGACUAAUUUUGAGAAUUCUGGACUAUAUGUACAAUAUUAUCUUGAGUUACCGCAAAACUGGAAAGCAUACAAUCGUAAACUGCUGUGUGGGAGUUCACAAGUAGCGUCAACCAAAAGCAUCGGAAAGGAAGAAAUAAGUGUAUUUUGUCAGCCGAUUGAGUUUGACCUAACAUAUAGGUCAGAAAUAAAUAUAGACUUAACACAAGGAUCGUACUUAACAUGGCCUACACUAUACUUUGAAAUUCUUUCACUUGAUUUCUGGACUAGAAGUCGAACUGAAGGAUAUGGAUUUAUAGAACUUCCACGUGUUUCUGGCACACAUUCAAUAAGCGUCAGUUGUUGGCGCCCUGUUGGUGACUCUGUAGUAGAGGACCUAAGGAGGUUUUUCACUGGUGGAACGUGUCAAUUGGAAGAUCCUACAUUCACUAAAGUACCUGGAUCAUUUGAGGGGCAUAAUCUAGUGAAAUAUGGAUUUCGGACACGAAGUACAGGAAAACUCUUCCUACGCCUAAAUUGUGCAAUACAGAGCUGGUCAAAUUUGUACAAAGUUAUGAGCCAAUGUCCAACCAUCGGAGAUGAAAAGCGAAAGCGGAUAGCGCUUGCACAUAUGGAUGUUUCAACUGUAAUAAAAGCAUAUCAAAAGGCUCGUUCCAAGUUACUGGAAACAAGAAAAGUUAUAGAAGGUUUGGCGAAGCCUGAUUCAUAG